CGGCUUGCGGCGCGCCCGGGGAAGCCCCGCUCUCAACGCCCCCCAAGCCAGAGCGCUUUCCCCCCAGGAGCACCCUUAAUGCCACCUUCGCCGGUCGUAUCCAGCCCGCUCCCUGUCUCAAUAAGGAACCCACGAUGGCCACCCCGCAGUCUGUCGUCACAUUCGCGAUCUGCAUUUUGAUGAUUACAGAAUUCAUCCUGGCCACGGAGAGUUACUAUGAAAUCUUAGGAGUUCCAAAAACUGCCUCCGAGCGCCAGAUUAAGAAGGCGUUUCACAAAUUGGCCAUGAAAUACCACCCCGACAAAAAUAAGAGCCCUGAUGCGGAAACAAAAUUCAGAGAGAUUGCAGAAGCUUAUGAAACGCUCUCGGAUGAAAAUCGACGGAAAGAAUAUGAUCAGCUUGGACGUGGUGCUUUUACUAACAAUGGAAGACGAAGAAGUGGAGGCUCUUCCCAACAGUCAUUUAAUUUCAACUUUGACUUAUUUAAAGACUUUGACUUUUUUGGUCACAACCCAAAUUCCCAGACCAAGAAACACUUUGAAAAUCAUUUCCGGUCACACCAGGAUGGUUCCAGCAGGCAAAGGCACCACUUCCAGGAAUUCCCCUUCGGACGAGGAUUGUUUGAUGACAUGUUUGAAAACAUGGAGAAGAUGUUUUCAUUCAGUGGCUUUGACAAUACCCACCAACAUUCAGUGCGAACUGAAAAUAGAUUCCAUGGGUCUAGCAAGCAUUGCAGGACUGUAACUCAGAGGAGAGGAAACAUGGUUACAACAUACACUGACUGCUCAGGACAGUAAUUCUUUAUCUUUUUCCUACAAUUCUAGUGACUUCUCCUCUAUUGUAUUCUGAUUCGAGACACAAAGUGAACUGAUCUUGAUCUGGUCAUUAUUUCAUUUAUUUUAGAGUACUUAAUGCAACUAUUACUGUAAAGAGGGUAUGUAUAAAUUAAUCCCAAUAAGUCUGGCAAGAUGCAACUAAUAGGAAAUGAGUUCUUUUCUCUGAUGUGGAAAACUAAAAAAGGAGACGUGCUAUAAAUCCACCCGAUAAAAUAUGUCUCCCAAUUCUCCCCAGUUUGAUAAAUUUUGUUAUCUACCCAGAAAGAAGUUUGCUUACCACAAGUUUGCAGAGUAAACGUUGCUAAUUAGCUUCUGUACCUUUUAGCCGUGUGAACUAAGUUAACUGGUGCACUGCAGUGAAAGCUUCUUUAUUUAACUUGAUUGAUUUUUCUACUAGCAUUUUUGGUUUUUAAUGCUAAAUCUACCUGAAGCUUCUUUUACGGUGAUCUGUCAGCAUAAGUAGGUUGGUAAACUGGCAUUGAAUGUUGAACACAUUCUAGUAGACUCCCUCAAGAGGAUGGCUUAGUCUAGAUUUUUUUUUUUCCUCUGACUUUCCCAAGGCAAUAAACAGAAUAAGCAUAAAAACUUCCAUUCUUUUCAUUAGAAAAACUAAAGAUGAGAUAUCGCUAAGCAAGGUAUUUGGCAUAAUGUGAUGACUUCCCAUACACAACUUGGGAUGGUAACAGUUUAGACAUUGUUAUAUGAAAAGACAGCCUUCUGAAAUACUGUGGGCCUUUACUGUGCUCGUUGACCAGCUAUUUAUGUCUGUAUAGUGCUGAAGUCCUGUGGCUACAUCUCACACCUCUCCUGUUUCCCGCUAAACUUACGGUUCCCUGAACCCUGUUACGAAAUGGCAUAUUAAGUGUUUUUUCUUCCUUCUGUCCUUGCAUCAUUUUUUUGUUUGUAAAUUAAUACCUCGUGUUCUGUCUGUGCACCCAUAACAGAAUGUGCAAUAUUUUUUAUUGAGAAUUGUGUGCUUUUGUUGCACGUAGGUUUAAUUCCCUUUUGUAACUUUAAUGUAUAGUUUAUGGAGGUUUCGGUUCUGCACUUUUCCCUGUCACGACCCGUAUGGUGGUGACCUCCCUAGGGUACGUAAUUAUCAACAUUAGCCCUGUAUCUCGUAAACUCGUGAGUGAAACAAAUAUAUUACUUACAAAUUCAUAAUA